CUGUUGACGUCAGUGCAAUCCCUCACAUGCUUGCUAACAAUGUGGGCAAUUUGCGUCGGCUCAGUGACAGCCGAUUGGCUGCUGUUGAACGUUGCCUGCAGAACCCACACGCCGUUGAGACAUUGGCUAUGAUUGGUGUUCAGAGUGUCGACACUCUGUCCGAGGACUGUCCGGUCAGCUUAGAUGAAGUGAAGGCCUACCUCGAGGAAGCUGGUGACGAGCUUGGUUUGGACGUCUUAUGCGAACCCAAUAUUGAGAUGAGGAUCGUUGAUGGUGUAAAUGAGGCAAGAAUUGCCGAUGCAACUGAACAAGUGGCAGGUUGGUUCGGCAACAGUCCCAAGUCCGAUGUGGAUUCGGACGACCCGUUGGCUCGAUAUCAGGACAAUCUGCAGCUGAUAAACAUCGAUGGUGCCUGGAGGAACGUUGACAAUUCUGGCAAGACUCCUCAAGAGAUCAUCCUCGCGAUCGUUGAUACCGGCGUGGAUAGUUCGCAUCCUGACCUCAAGGACCAGAUGUGGACAGCGUCUGAUGGCUCCCACGGCUACAACUUCGUGGAUAACGACGAGAAUACUUCUGACCUGAAUGGUCACGGUACUCAUUGUGCCGGUAUUGCGGCAGCUCAGACUGAUAAUGAUGUUGGCAUUGCAGGCAUCGCUGACGUUAAGAUCAUGGCCUUGCGUGCUUUCGGCGCUGAUGGUACUGGCGGUAUGUUAGCCACUCUCAACGGUCUUAACUGGGCAGUUGCUCAUGGGGCUACAGUAUCAUCUCAUUCAUACACGGCUGAUGGGUCUAGCAGCGUCUUCUUGCAGGCUAUCCAGAACGCUGCCAAAGUCGGACAUAUCGUUGUGGUAGCAUCUGUUAAUAUUGCUGCUCCUGGAGAGAAUAUUGUUUCGACUUGGCCAGGCGACAGAUAUGCUGUUCUGGAUGGCACUUCCAUGGCCACCCCUCAUGUAGCUGGUGUUACAGCUAUGCUCGCGACAUUGGGCUUGAAGGUCAAGAUUUGA